AUGCUAUUGAACAGACGUGAAACAUUGGGAAACGAAAAUGCAAAUCAUGCAGUCAUCAUGGAGAAUGCAUCAUUUUCCUGGGAAGGUACUCCUUCUUUGGUAUCUCUCCAUCUCAAAAUCAGAAGUGGUAACCUGGUUGGAGUGAAAGGUGCUAUCGGUGCUGGCAAGUCAGCGCUACUAGCUGCUAUUCUCGGAGAGAUGAAUCUUAUCAGUGGCAAUUUAAAACUCUAUGUUAAUUCGAUUUCGUACGCUCCGCAAUCGGCGUGGAUAUUUGCUGACACUAUUCGAGCUAAUAUUCUUCUUGGUAAACCAAUGGAUGAAGAACGUUACAAAAAUGUGAUAAAGGCCUGUUGUCUUGACAUUGAUCUGCAUGGUUUUGGCGAAAUUGGUGAUUUAUUGAUGAUUGGUGACAAAGGUGUUAAUUUAAGUGGAGGACAAAAAGCUCGAAUAUCACUCGCUCGUGCUCUCUAUGCUGAUGCUGACUUGUAUUUACUCGACGAUCCACUGGCAGCCGUUGAUCCAAAGGUGGCAAAAAAUAUUUUUGAUCAAUGCAUUGGUCCUCGUAGCCUUCUUCGCGGAAAGACUCGAAUCUUGGUUACGCACCAGACACAUUUCUUAGUUGAAACAGAUCAAGUAAUUCUCUUAACAUACGGUCGUCUAGAUGAAUUAAAUAUUGAACAACGUCCUACUAUUGAACCUUCGAAUGAUUCAUCAGAAUCUGACUCAUCACACGGCAAGGAGACACUUUGGGUAGUUAACACGGAUCUGAACGAUGAGAAUUCGAUUGUAAAGAGUGAGACGUCAGUUGACGGUGAUGUAAAGUGGAGUAUUUGGCUAGAAUUAUUUACUUCGCCACCUUUAAGUUGGUUUGGCCUUUUUCUUAUGAUCAUCUUUAUGCUUGGUAGUGAGGCUUUGUACGAUUUUACAAAUAGUUGGCUUGCGCUAUGGUCUGCAGAAGAUGAAAAAAAACAACGCUCAUCAUAUUAUGCUUACGUCUAUCUUGGUACAAUCAUUGCGACAUUGAUCGUUGCAUUGAUACGUGCUGGCUAUAUCUUUUAUAUUAUGCUGCGUGCUGUAGCGUUGCGUCAUCAGAUCGAUCCAUCAGCAGCAGCACUUAGUAUCAGUUAUUGCAUCACUUUAACGGGUCUCUUUCAAUGGUCUAUGCGACAAUCAGCCGAAGCGGAAAAUUUCAUGACCAGCGCUGAACGUGUUCAUGAAUAUGGUCAACUACUGCCAGAAAGUCAUCAACACAGUCAGAAAAGCAAUGUUCUAAUUCAACCAACAAGUGAUUGGCCAUCUCGGGUAAUGACACAUGAUUCAGCAGUUAAAAUUUUGAGUACAGGACAUAUGAAGCUAAUUCUACCUGUAGUUGACUUCAAACGUUUAAUUGAAGCGAUUGGUUAA